UAUAUUUUUAUUUACAGAGGAAGAUUGCAGUGGUUGUAUAAUUAAUAAACCAGUACAUCCUGUGACUCCUCAUGUUAGACGGAGUAGAAUAGGGUCUACUAAAAAGGAAAAUUGAUGAAAAUGAUCCGCAAAUUGAUACCGCAAAAAAACGUCGUAGAAAGCCCCUGAACGAGUCGGAAGAUUAAAAGACAGAAAAAUAUAAAUCUGUAAAUUAAAACAGUUUUAAUUGUAGCACAUCGUAUAAAUUUGUACACUCGGAAUAAUGUUUUUAUAUAUUAACGAUUAGAAAUGGUUUUAUCCGGUUUAAGUUAUUUCUAUUGUAAAUAUUUGUUUCAACUUUUUAAUCGAAGCACGAAAAUGUGUAAUCUAAGUAUUGUUUUAAGUAUUAUUUUUCAAUGAUACCAAAUUUUUAAGUAAUUGCGUAUCUGUAUAGUCCAUAGUGUGUGUGUGUGUGUCCCUGUAGUUGCGGGUACAGGAGGUGGAGCCAGAAACCACUCACCAUCUAGCGGCAGAAGUGGGAAUUAUGUUCAAUCGCUAGGUGCUACUUGAAAAUGAUGAAUCAGUAAUGAUCUGUGGGCUGUAAGUUUGACGUUUUAGGCGGAAGCAAAUAACAAUUAAAAGUAUCGUUCCCUCUCUUAUUGUUUCUUAAUUCGGCAAAAUGAAUAGGCUUUUCGGACGGGCUAAGCCUAAAGAACCGCCUGCGAGUAUUACCGAUUGUAUCGCUGGGGUUGACAGUAGAGCAGAUUCUGCUGAAAAAAAGAUAGCAAAAUUAGACGCGGAAUUAAAGAAAUACAAAGAUCAAAUGGUUAAAAUGAGAGAAGGUCCAGCAAAAAAUGCUAUAAAGGCUAAAGCUUUACGAGUUCUAAAACAACGAAAAAUGUAUGAAGCUCAGGUAGAUAAUUUGCGUCAACAAGCAUUUAACAUGGAACAAGCAAAUUAUGCUACUCAAACGUUAAAAGACACUCAGACAACUGUAAUCACUAUGAAAGAAGGAGUUAAACAGAUGCAGAAGGAAUUCAAAAAUAUCAAUAUAGAUCAAAUCGAGGAUCUUCAAGAUGAUUUGGCAGACAUGUUGGAGCAAGCAGACGAAGUACAAGAAGCAAUGGGUCGCAGUUAUGGUAUGCCUGACAUAGACGAGGAUGAAUUAGCUGCCGAAUUAGAAGCCCUUGGAGAUGAUUUAGCUAUAGACGAGGAUGCCAGCUAUUUGGAUGAUGCUAUAAAAGCACCUAGCGCCCCUAACAAGGAACCUGGCACAGAUUCUGUGAGGAAUAAGGAUGGUGUCUUAGUCGACGAAUUUGGCUUACCGCAAAUACCUGCCAGUUAAAACAAUAUUAAACAAAGUAUUAUACAAAUAAAAAUGAACAAUAUUUACCGAUAUGCCCAAAGAUGUUAGGUCCUUUAAGGACUUUGGAAUGCUUUUUUACAAAACACACAUAUAGGCAGCCUCUCAACUAUUCUAACUGUUUCGAUUAUCUAACAUAACUGUGUUAUUACAAGUUAUUUUUAUUAAGUUUUACGUUGUAAAUAUAUAUAAAUCAAAUUAACAAAAUAAAUUUUUCUUAUUACGAGUUUA